ACCGGAAGUAGUUACACUAAAAUUGGUCCUCGGUCUGACUAGCAACAUGACAGUUAUGUAGCUGUCCGUGUGGGAAGGUUGGACAAUAUUUCUAGUUUCUGGUUGUUUAAGUUGCCAUUCGGAAUGUUGUCGCUGAAAACGCUGCUGGUUUCUCAUCACAGAACGUUUACGAUUUUAACAGCGGAAAGAAACGUCAAGAGGGCUUUUUACCUGCUCAGAUCCCCUCUCGUCCAGCAAAGAAAUGUCAGGUCCGUUGGGUGGCGACAAUACAGCUCCACAGCAGCCAAAACUGCAACUGCAAACGACUCCUUCUUUAAAUGGUUCUUGCUGCUCAUCCCGGCCAGCACAUUUGGUCUCGGCACCUGGCAGGUGAAGCGUCGCCAGUGGAAACUGCAGCUGAUUGACGACCUGAACAAGCUCACCUCAGCGGAGCCCAUUCCGCUUCCUGUCGACCCACACGAGCUGGGCCAGAUGGAGUACAGGCGGGUGAGAGUGCGCGGGCGCUACGACCACGCCAAGGAGCUCUACAUCCUGCCGCGCUCGCCCGUCGACCCCGAGAAGGAGGCCAGGGAGGCGGGCAGGCUGACGUCCAGCGGGGAGACUGGCGCCAAUGUGGUCACGCCGUUUCACUGCACGGACCUUGGCAUCUGCAUCCUGGUGAACAGAGGCUACGUUCCCAAGCAGAAGGUCCGACCAGAGACCAGGAUGAAGGGUCAGGUGGAGGGUGAGGUGGAGCUGGUGGGUGUGGUCAGGCUGACAGAGCAGCGUAGACCUUUUAUGCCCAACAACGAUGCGGACAGGAACCGCUGGCACUACCGCGACCUGGACGCCAUGUCUGCCAUAACCGGAGCGGAACCCAUCUUCAUUGAUGCAGACUUUGCGAGCACCAUCCCCGGUGGACCAAUAGGCGGACAGACGAGGGUGACGCUGAGGAAUGAACACAUGCAGUAUGUCAUCACAUGGUACGGCCUGUGUGCGGCCACAUCCUAUAUGUGGUACAUGAAGUUCAUCAAGAAGAUUAAAAUGUGAGACAAAUUGAAUAAAUAUUCCUAAUCUGC